AUAAAACCCAGUUAUCGUCCUCAAACACCGGCAACUUCUGUUCGUCUGAAAUGUUUAAAUAACCGUUUCUGCUUUCUCUCUCAAUUAAUUGAGAAUUACAAAAGCGAGAAAAAAGUUCCAUAUUUUCGUGUUCAAUAAUAAGUCAUUCUUGAAUAUCAAGUAAAUAUAAAAACGCAAACCGGUCACGAAGAGGAUGGUGCCAUCUUGGAUAAGCUUCCGUAAGAAAGUCAUGUCUUGUUUUAACAUUGCGGUCAUCUCCUUAUUGAUCAGUAGUCUUCAGCCCGUUGAAGCCAGACUUGCUAUCACGAAUAGCGGUGACCUUGGCUUGUUCCAGAUAUAUGAAGAACAACCAAUCGGAACUGUAGUCAUCACAGUCAUAACGAACGAGCCUGCAGAUUCGUUCGAGUUGACAGACACUGCUGGUUACUUUGGCAUUAACAGCACAACUGGGGAAGUAUUUGUUCUGAAGCGAAUCGACAAAGAAGUUAUAGGAAGUUCUCGGCUCACCGCUUCAGUCACAGCUCGUAAGGAUGGUUUGAUGGCCACUGCCAACCUAAGAUGUGUUGUCAAUGAUAUUAAUGACGUCACUCCAUCUUUUCCAAAAAGAUUCUACAAUGUUUCUAUCAGUGAGAAAUCAUCAAUAGAUAAUGUGGCAUAUACUCUCAAAGCAGAGGACGCAGAUACAGGUAACAACGGCCAACAAUUUGUAGCAUAUGAGAUAACAAGUGGAAAUGAGGAUGGGUCGUUCUCCAUAACACAAUACGGUGGAGAGGUGAAAGUAUCACGUGACCUGGAUUACGAAACCAAGACACAAUACACGCUGAACAUCACAGCACGGGAUAAACCUGGUCUUAGUAACUGGACGAUUCUACAAGUCACUGUUCUUGAUGCAGAUGACUUGCCCGCUAAGUUUACUUCGUUUAUUUACACGGCUGAAGUCAGUGAAGACGCCUCAUUGGGAACAAGUAUUUUACAAGUCGUUGCAUUUGAUCUUGAUAAAGACAUCAACAGUACUGUGACAUAUGGCAUAGAUCAAGUAACUAAUCCUUCAAGAUUAUUCGUUAUAAACAACGUGACAGGUUUGAUAUCACUGAACGGAUCUCUGGACAGAGAAUCUCUUGCUGAAUACAAUAUACGUGUUCUGGCAUAUUCGUCAUAUCCGGUCACAGAUCACGCCACUGUCAACAUAAAAGUGACAGAUGCCAAUGACAACAUACCUGUAUUCACACAAUCAGUGUAUCAAGGCUCCGUGGUGGAGAACUUAGCAGCUGGAGCGAGCGUGUUGAAAGUAGAAGCAACAGACAAGGACCAGGGAAUAAAUGCAGAGCUACGCUACCACAUCAAUCCUGGUAAUGAUGCAAAUAGGUUUUCAAUCAACAGCCAAACAGGCUUCGUAACUACUUCAGCGGAACUUGACAGAGAAGAAAAUAAUUUAUACAACUUGACUAUUAUUGUGGAGGACAUGAAUGGUAAUGGAACGAUAGGCAAUGUGUUUAAUAACACCGCUACUGUGUACGUCUACGUACAGGAUGCCAAUGACAACGCUCCUGUCUUCACGUUUCUAUCGUACAACGUCACCAUAAACGAAUCCAUUGCGGUUGGCGCGAAAGUGAUCCAGGUCGAGGCUAAAGACCMGGAUGUAGAUCAAGAUAUAGUGUAUGCCAUUACUGGUGGUAAUGAGUUGUCAAGGUUUCUGAUUGGUAGAAGAAGUGGCAUCAUUUAUGUUAGAAGUGUUAUUGACAGAGAUCCACCUCGUAAUGAGACAUCAUUUACUCUAGAGGUGAUGGCAAUAGAUGACAAAAAUCAUUUGUUGAACUCUACUACAUCUGUAAAUGUUGCUGUAGAUGACGUCAAUGAUAACCACCCUCACUGCUCGCAAGAUCAAUACAGUGCAAGUGUUUACGAAAACGCAACAGAAGGAACAACAGUGAUGUCUUUGGUAUGCAGUGACGUGGAUACGGGGGAUAACGCUCGCCUUACAUACCAGCUGGUCAGCGGUGCUGAUAAGAAAUUUGACAUUCGUUCUACGUCUGGAAUUGUUCGUACAAUCAAUGCACUAGACUAUGACAAUGGUAACAAGACAUACAAACUAUCGCUAUUGGUGACAGACCAUGGAAACCCACCACUAACAAAAGAAGUUUCACUGAAUAUAGACGUAAUCAACAUCAACGACAAUUUUCCUCUCUUUACGAAGAGACAGUACGACUUUUCUGUACUUGAGGGCGAUUACUCAAGUCUGGCCGUACUUAUCGGGGAAGUCGAAGCUACUGAUGGUGAUACUGAUGCCAAUGGUUGUCUCUGUGGUCAGAUACGAUACAGUAUCGUCAACUCUACAGGUGUUUUCAGCAUUGAUCACGUGACCGGUGUCGUUAGCACUUCAGGUAUCCUGGAUCGCGAGGCCAAGUCUAUUUAUACCUUAGUUGUCAUGGCAACUGAUCGGGAUCCAUGGAAACCCUUGUCAAACUCCACUACUGUCACCAUCCAUGUUGCUGAUCAAAAUGAUAAUUCUCCCAUCUUUGACCAAGUCAACUACACGGCAAAGGUUGGGGAAGACAAGGGGCCUGGGUACCAGGUCAUCAAGAUUUCAUCAAGUGAUAGAGAUAGCGGUCGUAACGCCAACAUAUCGUACAGUAUAGUGAGUGGUAACAUAGGAGGUGUGUUCACCAUCGAUGAGAUGACUGGUCAGCUCUGGACUGCAGGACCAUUGGACUAUGAAACACUCAACAGAUAUGACCUAACUGUGGCUGCUAUUGAUGGGGGUGCAUCACCAAGACAAACUAUAGUCAGUGUGACAAUUGAUGUUAUCGAUGCUAAUGACAACAAACCAGUCUGUAUGAACAACGGGUUGACUGUCAAGAUACGAGAAAACUUGCCUGCAGGACAGAUUGUCACCAAGAUAUCUGUUGUAGACAAAGAUCAUGACAUCAACCAAAMGACACGCUACAGUCUAGUAAGCGAUUCAUUUGAUGUGAAUGACGAGACUGGUGACGUCAACACCACGCGCUCAUUGGACAGAGAGAGCCAAUCAAAUUACACCUUAACAGUCAUGGCCUAUAAUUACAACCAGUCUUCCAUGACAGUCAACUGCACAGUUAUGGUGGUAGUAGAGGAUGAUAACGACAACACUCCUCUGUUCAACAUUUCAAGCCACAGUAUAUCUGUAUCCGAGAGCGCUGCCAUAGGAACCACGUUGCUAAGGGUAACGGCUACUGACCAGGACGAGGCUCAUAACGGUGACAUAAGAUACGUGUUGAUGGGAGACGGGACAAAGUUUGCUGUCAAUGAGACAACAGGAAUCAUAACACUUACUUCAAGUCUAGACCGGGAAACAACCCCUCACUACACCUUUAAUAUAGUGGCAAGAGAUCGAGGUUUACCCCAGUCCCGCUCGUCCAUGGUUCAUGUGUCAAUCAAUGUUACUGAUGUGAAUGACAACACACCGGUAUUUGAUAAGGCGAUCUACUCGGGUAGUGUACCAGAGAAUGUGGUCAAUAAUAGUAUUGUAAUGACGGUAUAUGCUGAAGACAGAGAUGAAGGGCUAAACAGAGAUGUCGAAUAUUCGAUUACUGGAGGAAACGUUGGAAAUACCUUUUCCAUCAAUUCCAGUGGAACAAUCAUGACAGCCACCCCCCUUGAUCGCGAAACAACAGAUCGAUACGAGUUGACGGUAACAGCUAGAGACAGGGGGAAUCCUCAAUUAAAUUCUACUGUUAAAUCUGUAAUAAGGGUGCAAGACGUGAAUGAUAACGCUCCUAACAUAACAAAUGCUCCAACACAGAUUACCAUACAAGAAAAUACACCCACAGGCUCGUUGGUAUACCUUUUGACCGCUGAUGACAAAGACAUGGGGCUCAAUGCUCGAGUGACGUUUACAGGGUACGCAAAGCCUGCUGGGACGUUUGUUAUAAACCCAUCAACAGGAAUGAUUACGACUAUUGGACCACUGGACCGUGAAACUACACAAAGGUACCAGUUCUUUGCCUAUGCAACAGAUCGUGGAAGUCAACCUCUAAAUAGCUCGUCUGUGUCCUUCGACAUCUCCAUUAAUGACAUAAAUGACAAUAACCCGGUGUUCAAUCCCGUAUCUUACACGGUCAAUAUCAGUGAAAAUGUUUCUAUAGCGACUGUGGUACUAAGUGUGAACGCUUCAGAGAAAGACUUGGGUGAAUCAGGAAGGAUUGUGUACAAGAUCGAGGCUGGUGAUCCACAGGGAUACUUUAGGAUCGAUAACAAUACGGGUGUGAUAAGAAGUAGCAAGAGUCUGGAUAGAGAAUCGAUUGCUCGGUUUGAUCUUGUCAUCUCAGCAAAGGAUCAUGGGAGUCCUGCGAGAUUUGGAUACGGUUAUGUAACAAUAUUCAUCGUAGAUACAAACGACUUGCCUCCCGUUUUCGUUAUGAAUCAAUAUUCAUCAAGCAUCAAAGAGAACAUCGUUACUGGCACUCUUGUUACAACGGUUAUAGCAGCUGAUGGAGACAUAGGACCAAACGCAAAGAUUACAUAUUCCAUUCUUAAUGGUGAAGGCAUGUUGGAUUUCAAUAUUACAACUAUAGAAGAGAUGGAUCCAGAAUCUCAGAAGAUGCGUUUCGUUGGUCGAAUAUACAGCUCACGUGACCUGGAUAGAGAAUCACGUGCAUCAUAUAACCUCACGGUUGUUGCUUCAGAUGGAGUGCACAACAGCACCACGCAGGUGAUCAUUACUCUACAGGAUGUGAAUGACAACUCACCGAAAUUUGAUGUGCCUUUGACAGUAAUAAACAUUAGCCUCGCUGAGAAUACUCCAGGUGGCACCAAGAUACUGAACGUAACAGCGCGUGAUACUGACGAGGGCUAUAAUGCAAGAAUAACCUAUUCUGUUGCAGCAGGUGAUGGGUAUUUUUACAUCGACUCCAACACUGGCGUACUGUACACGACUCCACAAACGUUGGACAGAGAAACCAAAGACUUUUACAACUUGACCAUAACAGCAUCCGAUCCAGGAAACAACAAGGCCAGCAUCACAGUAAACGUAAAUAUAUUGGACGUUAAUGACAAUCCUCCACGAUUCAACUUAUCUGAUGUUACUUUUGACGUGGAUGAAGGUUCCGGUGUCAUGAUUGACGUCACAGCAACAGACCAAGACCAAGGAGCCAAUCAGGAGAUAGAGUAUCGUAUAAUAAGCGGUAACGAUGAUGGAAUCUUUCAAAUCGAUAAUAAAACUGGAAAUUUAACGUCUGUUAAGAAUGUUGACCGUGAGAGAACGGGACUGAAACUUGAUAAAAAUGACAAUGGCGUUUAUUCGCUUGUGGUGGAAGCCGUUGACCAUGGCCAGCCUCCACUAUCGUCAAAAACCAAUGUUAUUAUCACAGUAAAAGAUAUCAACGACAACGCUCCAGUUUUCCAAAAGUCAUUGUACAAUUUUGAGAUACCUGAAAAUGCAACUAUUGGAGACAUUCUAGGAUCUAUUAAAGCUGAUGAUAAAGAUGCUGGAACCAAUGGAAAAGUCAUGUACUCCAUCAUAUCAACAGGAAAUUUUAUUCCAUUUGCUCUUACGGCUUCGACUGGAAUGUUGUCAGUCAACAAGUCUCUUGAUCGAGAAGCGGUUUCGUCUUAUGAGUUUACUGUACAGGCGUCAGACACAGGGAGCCCAAGCCUAAAUAGGACAGCGCAGGUAAAAGUCCUGAUCAAAGACAUCAAUGACAACAAACCCAUAUUUGGACAAAAUGCGUAUAACGUGAGCAUACCUGAGAAUACGCCUGGAGGAAGCGAGGUUCUUAAGCUUAAUGCACAAGAUGCUGAUGAAGGUAGUAAAGGACAAGUGGGAUAUGCUAUUCUUGAUGGAAGUCAAGGGCACUUCAUUAUAGAAGAAUGGACUGGCAUCAUCAGAAYUGUUGGUUACCUUGACUACGAAACUAACCAAUCAUACACCAUCAACAUAUCUGCCUCAGAUAGUGGCACACCAUCACUAAGGAAUUAUGUCAUUGUGUUCGUCAAUAUCACAGACAUCAAUGACCACGCCCCUGUGUUCAACCAAUCGCAGUACAGUGUUAAUAUCAGUGAAGACUCACCUGUUAAUGCUAGUGUACUAUUGGUUCAAGCCACGGACCUUGAUCAAGGAACAAACGCAAAGAUUUCCUUCUCGUUGGUGGACGAUUUUGGUGUCUUUUCUAUCCAUCAAGACUCAGGAGAAUUGACAAUCAAGAGACAACUGGAUCGAGAAGAAAAGGAUUUCUUUCAGUUACAAGUGAAGGCAAAAGAUCAUGGCGCCCCUUCACUUUCCUCCACCGCAUUGGUGAAGAUCAUUAUCACAGACGUUAAUGACAACACUCCAACGUUCUCUAAGCCGUCGUUCAACUUCCAAACCAGUGAAGAUGCUAUAAAUGGGGCCAUUCUUGGUUUGGUUACGGCUGUGGAUAGAGAUACUGGUGAUAAUGCUAGACUGAACUACUCGCUCACUGGUGCACGAAAAGAUUUAUUUCAAAUUAAUAGCCAUACCGGGUCCCUUUCAUUGGCUCAUUCAGCAAUAGGACUAGCCAAUCAGAACAUAUCAUUGCUGGUCACGUGUCGUGACUAUGGCAGAAAAUCAUUAUCAUCUGACGUCAAUGUCAGUGUUUUUAUCUCUACCGGAAGUAGAAAGGUUCCUAAGCUGAUUCCACGUCAUCUCAAUGUCAGUAUUUAUGAGAAUGCCUCAAUAGGUAACUCCAUUGUCAAGUUAAAUGGAUCCGACACAGUAAACAGUAACAUAGACUACCUACUCCUGGCAGGGAAUCAUGGGAAGUUUUCUCUCAACUCAACCAAUGGCGUGUUGACUCUGAUUGGGAGUCUGGACCGAGAGACAAAGUCAUCCUACACGUUAUUCGCGAUGGUUCAAGAUCGAGCACUACCUAUUUACUCUGACUAUGGUAGUGUCUUCAUCGACGUUCUGGAUAUCAAUGAUAAUGAGCCAGCUUUUAUUCAGAAAUCAUUCGUGUUGCGCGUGCCUGAAAACACAGCCAAUAGUUCCAAGGUGACCCAGGUCAAAGCUACUGACCCCGAUCAAGGAAUUAAUGGUCAAGUCUUUUACUUCCUACAAGGCGAUUCUUCUACUACAUUCUUCAUCGAUAACAAAACAGGAGACGUGUAUACAAAAACUGCGCUCGACUACGAAACCACUCAAUCGUACAACGUGACUGUCGUAGCAGAAAACACCCUCUCAUCAGUGCGUCUGCGCAGUCUUCUUACCUUUACAAUCAAUGUUGAAGACAUCCUGGACUCUAGGCCUUCCUUUCCACGUGAUUGGCUGCAGACGAGCAUAAAAGAAGAUGCUCCGAUUAGUUCGUUUGUGAUUGACGUCAAUGCCACGCUAAACGAUAAGAUAUCCAGUUUUGUAUUUUAUCGCCUGGUGCAUAACCAGAGCAGUAUCAACUCGCAACACUUUUUGGUGGAGCCGGACUCGGGAAUUAUCAGAUCUCAAACACAACUAGACCGUGAAACAACUAGUAACUACACGCUUGUCGUGGAGGCACGUGAUCUACGAGGAACCAAUGAAUACAGAGCAAUGACACACGUGGUGGUCGAUGUGCUAGAUGUUAAUGAUAAUGAUCCAGUUUUCAAGUUACAAUCGUACACGUUUUCCCCCAAGGAAACGUCAUCAGUCGGUGAUGUGAUUGGACAACUACAAGCACGUGACGCUGACAAAGAUGAGAACGCAGUGACACUUUACGAAAUUUCUGACGGAAAUCAAAAUGGGUACUUUGAAAUGAAUUCCAACGAUGGUAGAAUUGUUAUUGCAAAACUAUUAGAUUUUGAGGCACAGUCGACGUUUACACUUAAAGUAAGAGCAUACGACAAGAAAAAAGCCGUUACGGCUCGACGAAAGCGAGAUGUGUCAUCACCAAGUUAUUCCGAAGCAACAGUAACAGUCAAGGUACAAGACGAGAACGAUAAUCCACCAGUCUUUACUCAGCAAGUCUAUCUCGGAAGUUUUUAUCCUGAAACUUCAGAAAGUGCAGUUCUGGUGACAGUGAAGGCAAUCGAUAAUGACUCGGGAAGUAACAGCAUCGUACGAUACUACACCACAAACGAAUCUCGCCCGGGAGUAUUGUCGCUGAACUCUUUGACAGGUCACGUGAUUCAUAACAAGUCAGUCUUGAAUGACACAACUACAAGUUAUUCUAUCCAUGUGUCUGCAAGAGAUAACAAUGGCAUGUCUCCAUACAACACUGCUAGUAAUCCCGUCAUGGUUAUGGUAUUCUAUUUGACUUCAAACAACGCUGUCACUUUGGCGAUUGGAGUCCCAUUAUCCUUCGUCCGAGCCAAUCGUCAGCAACUGGAAGACCUACUCAGAAACGUAACAGGACAAAGAGUUAUCCUGAAAAGUUUGACACAGUCUCCAGAUGACCCAUUACAAACCAUUGCAAUAGUUCAUCUCGUCAACAGCAGCUCUAUGACAGUCCUCAACAGGGAUCAAGCAACCAAGAUUCUAACUGACAAAUCCGGAGAACUCGAAACACGAUAUCCUGAAUGGAAAAUCAGAGUGAUUACAGUUUAUUCACCUAAUACUUCAGCAAAGCGCAAGACUGGGUACUUUAGCUUCUAUAUGGCAGCAAUCAUGUUGUUUGCCGUUCUGAUUGGAAUUGUGGGAUUGAUUGGGCUCAUUGUUAUAUUCAGAUAUAAACAACGAGAGAAAAAGUAUCAUGAUCCAGAUACUCAAGGGAUUCCCAUGAAUGGGACAGAGACCGAUUUGUAUUCCAUUGACAUCCCAAGAAUAGGCGCCUACAUUGAGUCGCGUGCCGAUCACGUAGGAAAAGCUAAAUACAAUGAUGGGGUGCAAGAUGACAGGUCAAAUCAUCGAAAUUCCACCAAUGAGGAGACUGAUGGUCCAGUGCAAGAAAACCCAAGGAAUGAUGCUCUUACGUCCCUGCCUCCUGUGGAAGAGCCGACCGUCUCUGCACRUGAAAUCCGUGGAUCGUCGAAGAUAGAUAAAACUACAGAACGUCAGAGCUCUUCUCAAGGUAGUCCAGACAACRCAUUGGAUGAUAAUCAAUCAAAUUCAUUGGAAGAAUCAAAAGCUGAAUUCUUUGAGGAAAAUGACUUUCUAAACAAAGCUUACGAUGAAAGUGAAGAUGGGUCACCUAGCGACCAACACAGCCAAGCCGAGACUCGCAAUGUAGUUCCUAGUAUAACAUAUGUGCAAAGAAAUCCAUUYAUGAAAAUAAACCCAAGAGGAUAUUCGCCGGAUGCGAUAAACAGAGAAGAAAACCUGAUGGCUGUAGGACGUGGAUUGAAUGGAAGGUCACCUAGGAGAUCCGACAGCUACUCUCCUGCAGACUAUCAAACCAAGAAUAAUACAAUGCUUUUGAAGAAUGGACAAACAAGUGGUGUGAACUUCCCCGAGAGAAGAAGGUUUAGUAUAUCAGGUGUUUACGAUAUCCAGAAAAGAUGGAAACAGCAAAAGAAGAAGAAGAGAAGGCGUUCGCGUUCCCCGCAUGUUCACUUCGACUUAGAGGACAAUAAACACCCCGAUGAGCUUGAGUGGGAAAGACAAGUGUCCGUUGGAGCCAGAAACAUGCCAACUGGCGCUCUGGGUCUUGAUGACGAAGACUGGAGCGAUGCUGAAAAACCCUUAGAUUUUUCCACAUUCGGGAGAUCGAAAAACGAAAGCAAGACUGAUGAUUCGCCUGAUUCGAGUAUUAGUGGUGGCGAUGAUUGUGAAGUGUGGAAUCUUGAAUCUGCUUACCCGCCGUCUGAUGACGAAAAAACGACGACUUACGUCAUCAACCCUGACCUGAAAAAACUAAACGAAGUACCUCUUGUAACUCAACGGUAAAUUUACUUUGCUGAUGGACAAACUUUUUCUAGAUAGCCUUCUAAAGGGCCCCAAGGGCUUUAAUCCUAUUUUUUUCCCCAUUACGAUUGGACUCAGUAUGCGAUGAAGAAUAUGCGUUCAAGAGGAAAUAUCUCUGCCAGUAAAGCAAGAGUUGGAUUGGAUAGUCUUUUAUGGAGCCCCAUGGCACGUCAGUCUUUUACAGGGCCUCAACUAGGGCAUUUACAGUAAAAGCUUAGUUCAUUAAGAUUUCCCUUAGUAUGCGAUGUGGAAUAGGCGUUCAAGAUGAAAGCUAGUGACAGUAGUAGUUGGAUUGGUUAGUUUUUUACAUGGCCUCUUUUACUGGCCGCUUUAACUGUAAAAGUUUAGUUCAUAUAUAAAGAUUGGCCUAAG